GACAAUAAAAAUAAAGGACAAAUUAAAUCACUCAAUUUGAUAAUGAUGGAGACAAGAUCUGCUGUUUAUAAAAUGUUGAAAACAACAGCACACAAAGAAAGAUGUAUUGAUAAUUGGCCACCUCCGUAUUCUGGGGACAUGACACCAUACAAAGAAAUUGAUUUUAAUAAUGAAGUACGACGUACAUGUUCAACAUCAUCAACAGCACCAAGAAUAUCGAAAAUAAUUGUACUUGGUGAUGUUGCUGUUGGCAAAACAUCUCUAGUAAAUAGAUUUUGUCAUAAAACAUUUGAUAAUAAUUACAAAGCAACAAUUGGAGUUGAUUUUGAAGUUGAACGUUUCGAUAUUCUUGGAGUACCAUUUAAUCUUCAGAUAUGGGACACUGCUGGUCAAGAACGUUUUCUUGCAAUAGCUGCUUCUUAUUAUCGAGGAGCAAAUGUUAUCAUUGUGACCUUUGAUUUGACCAGUCUAAUGUCACUUUGUCAUUGCAAACAGUGGCUUGAUGAAGGUUUGAAAAGCAACAAUGGACCAGUACAUAUUUUUCUUGUUGGAACAAAACGUGAUUUAUUGUCAAAUAAAGUUUAUGAAAUUAUUGAAAAACGUGCAAUAAAUGUUGCUAAAACAAUGAAUGCUGAGUAUUGGUCAGUAUCAUCAAAAACUGGUGAUGGAAUAGCAGAAUUAUUCACAAGAGUUGCUGCAUUAUCAUUUGAUGCAACUGUACUUAGAGAGAUAAAAAAUUCAAAUAUUGAAAAAACACAAAUUGGAUCUGAUUUAAUAAUGUUAAAGGGCAAACAAAAACAGCCAGAAAAAAUCGAAAAAAAAUUCUACAAAUGGAUUAAAUGUGUUAAUUAAAAAUUCAUUAUUAUUUUAUACAAUUUUAUAAUUAAUUCUAGUCACUAUACCAUACAGAUUUGUAUAAAAAAUAUUAACAAUAAUUAAUCAAGUCUUAGUAAUUUAAAAAAAAAUAUAUUUCUAUAGUAAAUUUUUCGAUUUACAAGAAAUGAAAAAUGAAAAAGAGACAUGAUUUAAAAUAAUUACCUACAUGAUAAUUUUCAUGAAAUUUUAUAUUUUUUUGUAUCAUUGAGGAAUCAUCAAUAUCAUCAAUAUAAUUAUUCACAUACUAUAGAGUAUACCUACGUAUAUUUAUUUCCCUCUCUUGAUGUACAGCUGAGAGAAAAAAAAAAACGAAAAAACUCCACGCCAAUGUCGUCAGCAGUCAGCAGCAAAUAAUCACCAGUUGGCUCUCAUCUGUGGCAGCACAUUGUAUUGUUUUUUUUUUUUAAUUAAUUAAAUAAAUAUUUAUCAUAAACAAGUGUCAAAUUGUAUUAUCAAAAAAAUACUACAAAUGAAAACUGUAUUUGAAUAUAAUUAGAAGAAAAAAAAGAGUAAAUUUUGAAGCUGUUGUUUAUUUUUGGCCAGGAAUUUGUCAGUUUGGAGCAUUUAAAA